UCAGAAAAUUCGUUGGUUGUUUGCUGCGUAGCAAUUUUAAGUGCAAUUAAGUCAUUAAAACUACAAUGCACUACAACACACACAAACCAACAAAUAAGUGACGACAGCAUAACUACGAUAUCGAUACAUUUUCAAGUUGUCAACGAAGCGUGCGCGUAUAAUUUGAAAAAAAGAAUAUAUAAAUAUAUAUCAACGAAUAUUAAUAACCGCUUUAACCGCAACAUCUGCUAUCUUCGACACACUUUUAAGCAAUAUGUAAAUAUUAGCGGCUGAAAAAUCGUUUCUUCACACCGUUUUUUGAAGUAUCGUUUAUUCAACAAUUUCAAAAUAUAAAAAUAAUAAAUAAUAAUACCCUUAAGGUUAACCAAUUAACAAUAUUCCAUUUCUUUUCCCCACUAAAGAGAUUGUAAUCCAGUGUUUUAGUAUUUUUUUUUCAAGCACGCAUAUUGAAAUCCCCUAAAAAUUUCUUUCUCCUCCAUUAAUCACUCACAUAGGUGCAAUAAAAAACCUUAAUAAAAUCAGUAAAUAAUAUAAUAUUAAUUAAAAUCAUUUAAUCUGUUGUGCAAAGUGAUGAGUUUUAAUACAAAAAUCAAAUAAUUUACCAAACGCACCAAGGUGGCAUCACAUUACAACUUACAACUAAUUACAAGCUAACAAAGAAACGUCUUAACUUCAUUCAUACAACGAUUCUGUGAUAUAAGAACCAAAAGAUGAAGUCGUUGACCUUGCAGCUCAUCACGUUACUUCCGUUGCUGUUGUUGUUGUUAUUACCGACACAAUACAGCCAAAACAUGGUUGACGCAGCGGCGGAAGGGGAGCAGAUAACUUCCGCUCACAUUAGUAAGCGUACCACAUCGACAACAACACAACAGCCACCAUCGUUGCGUGCGCCGCGACUCAUGCGCACAGCGCGCCCUACCACGGUGAUGACGCAUCCGACAGCAAGAACAAAAACAACAACCAACAAACCUGCAACACUCAGCACAUCGAAGCAACAGCCAUUGACGCAAGCGGCGCGUCGUGCGGCGUCCAACUUUAAAGCCACUGCAGCAACGACACCGCCAUCAAUACACCGCCCGACACGCGGCGCUGAUGAGAGUGCGCCGACAAAUGUGCGCCAAAAUCGUAGCUUUUUGAGUGCGGCAGCGACGCAGAGCAUACAAAAUGGGAAAGCAGAUGCAGUGGCGCCGGUCGGUAGGAGUGUUGAUGCCAGCAAGACAAACAAACAAAUUGACAGCCGCCAAAUAAAGCGUGUCGCAUACAAGAACAACAAUGCAGGCCAACAACAACAACAACAAGGCAUCAGCAACAAUAGCCAUUAUCAAAAUGUUAGCACCGAUGGAGUGCGCACGAGCGCUGUGACAAGCACAGCUAAAGUGCCGGCAACGGCUUCAUUGUCGCCAUCUGUGACUUCGACAACAACCAUUAGCAGCGGCGCGUCACAUACUACGUCAUCAACUGAUUCCAAAGCAAGCGUUGCGAUGACGAAUCAUCACCAGCAGCCGCCACUCCAGCGCCAGUCAAAACAAAUCGUCAACUUUGCGGCGCGAACCAACGUGCAACGCGAAACGCCAACACUGCAGACAGCCGACAAUGGCGCUGGCACGGCGAAUUCGACGCGUCUGCCGCAGACACCAAAAUCACCACGCAUGAUCCAUCGUCUUGUAGCAGGUCACAUUCAAAAUGCGGAAGGACGUUCCACCUAUCAGGUUUCGGCCAUCACAGCCAACAGCACAACUAGUAAUUCGACAACGCAGAAACCCGGAUAUCAAUACGUGCGCACCAAAGGAGGACAACUGGCCAUGAGCAGUACAUAUCGUUUGACGAAAGUCAGCACAACCGCUGUCACACCAACGCAUACAAUUACAACUACAACGGCGACCCCAUUUCAUAUGAAAACCGAACGCAAAGACACCACAUUGAAUGAUGAUGAUAAUGCAGAUGAUGAAGCGUUGUUGGAAGAUGACGGCGAUUUCGAUAAUUGGGAUAACGGUAUAUUGCGUCUGAGUGCCGGCUCAGGCAAAGAGAACACCGCUAAAUCGAAGAAAAGUAAGGACGAAUCAAAGAAGACACUUUCUGAUCAAGUACGUGAUGGCAAGUAUGGGCUAAUAGAAAAGGAAAUAUUUCGACGACCACCCAAAAGACCCGGUGUUAUUAGUUAUUUACCGAACAAGGAGACACCCAUAGAUAAUGAACGCACAUUUGGUGGUCUCCAUGAAGAGGACAUCUGGCUGGCUGAGGAUCAUUUGCUUGUAAUCAAGGGUGGUAAUCUCAAUGAGGGCGAACCGGAUGAACCGUGGCCUCCCAUCGAUGAUUACGAUGCACCCGGUCGUCAAAUCAAAAUACCACCGAAUCCAAAAGUCCCGCCACCAUUUCCCGUCCAGCUCGAGGAGAAUGGGCCGCUACAGUUUAUCGGAAAUAAUAAAUUCACGGUCGUCUAUCCGAUCGCUAACGAAUCGAUACCAGUUUAUCCCGCCGGCGCGGAAGCCAACUACCCAUCAACCGAAAGUGACAGUGACAACGAGAAAAAUCUUCUUACCCGGCCGGGAUCGACUCAAGAUACUGCGCAAGGCGAACCGGGUUACAACUACCCGGCGCCCUCUCCGCCGUGGCUAUAUCACAACCAAACAUUCGUGAAUCCCUUCUUAAAUAAUGCACGACCCAUUACAUUCCCAAAUUUGGGUCCAUUCACUUUUGCACACAACGGUUCUUUGGACACUUCGAAUGGUACCGAUUACUUCGAUGAAGAUGAUCCUUCAUUGUAUUAUCCGCCCGCAUAUACCUUUGUCUAUAAGAGUAACUACACAAAUCCAGUGCCGCCGGGUCCCUUAGUGCCAGGAAUUGUUCUACCGCCACCCGCCAAUCAAUUUAGUCGUUUAGAGAAACCAGAAAAAUUACAUACGCCUUCAAGACAUCGCGGUUAUGGCACACCUUCACCCACCACGAGUACAACAACCACCACCACAAGUACUACUACUACUUCAACAACUACGACCUCAACCACAACUGAGGCGCCGCAUCGACCAAAAGUUAUUACGAAAAUACAUCAGUAUUCUCCCAAAACGAUUAUCAUUACACCAGAGCCACCGCAUGCCGGACAACAUGUGCAACCGACCAAACAACCGCCACCACCCCCGGCACCCACACCAACUGCGUCACCACCAGAAUUCAUUCAGGCUAUACCUGUGCCAGUGGCAGUUCACAUACCCAUCUUUCCAUCCCACAAAUAUCCGCAAUCGCGUCCGAAUGCCAUCGCUUAUGAACCGACCACACCGCGUAACAAUCAGGAACCACUUUCGAAAUCCAACCCCAUCUAUUAUGAAUAUUUCGAGGCUAAGCGUCAACCUAACGGCGUUACUACAAAUGUUAUCGAUGAUUUCCUCUCCACUACCGAAAAGCCGGUACUGGCUAAACCAAUAAAAUUGUAUGCAACCAGCAAACGACCCUUUAAAUCACAGCCUCAAAAUCAACGCAACUUCUUGCCACCACAACGGCCGUACCUGCCACAAGAUGUGGUCUAUAUCACACCUAAACCGGAAGCGGUGCGCUACAAGCGACCACCACAAGUGCCGAUCGAGCCUACCGUCUACAAACCACGUCCCCUGGAAAACUUUGAAGAGGAGGUGAAUGCGAUACGCGAAACGCUACGCUACUACCAAAAUCAACAGUUGCGCGACAACAACAUACCACGCACACCCAAAGCCAAACCUAUAUAUGAAUUCAAUUUCGAUGCGUCAAAGAAUUUGGAGCCGGUACAACCUACAGCCGGCGCUGAAGACUUCCAACCACCAGCCGAAUAUGAUGAAGCGCCCUUCAAACCAAUGGUCACCUAUAGUCCACCCGUAGACGAUGAGAAUUCUUUCCAAGCCAUUAAUGUAGAGAAGGCGAAUGCGCGUAUACAGCAGCAGCAACAACAGCAAGAAGAACAAUACUCACAACAACAACAGCAACAAGCGCGUUAUCAGUCAACCACCACACUCGUGCCAAUACAACCCGAUACACCUUACCAACAAAUUCCGCCUCUACCACAAGGGCGCUCGAAGAAGUUGCGCUUAGGCGCCAAAUAUUUACAACAAACACCACUGCUGCCCGAAUACCGCUCAGCCGAACCAGAGCUGCGUCAAUACCCAGGUAACCAGCGCACACAUGUCACCACGCAGGCACCUUGGGUCUCAUUGAAUCAACAACAAGAGCUGAAUGAGUAUGCCCAACCGCCGCAGUACCAACGCAUUGAACGGCCACCGGUAGCUUUCGCACCCAAACAACGCGGUUUCAAUGGCUACUACUACGGUGGUCCGGCGCUGCAUGCGCGUCAAAACAACCGCUUCUACGAGGAACCAUUCCAACAGCGGCGCGUCAUCAACUACCGGCAACCACCGCCACCGCCGCCGCCACAGUCUAAUUAUCAGCAGCCACAGCAACAACCACAAACGCUGUGGAGCUUAGAGAACGAUACAUAUGUGAAUUAUGCGCCCAAUCGGCCACCGCUCAAUCCGGACGCGGAAUACAUAAAUCCCUAUCAACCGGCCUUACCGCAAGGUCCUUUUCCGCCGCAAAUACAACGUUAUACAGCGCCACAACAACAACCAGGUCCAGCACUAUCACACCAAGCGCAAUACUAUGCGCCACCACAACUACAACAACAGCAGCGACAGCAACAACAACAGCAACUGCCGCCAGCACGUCAAUAUCAACCGCAAAUUCCGCUGCAUCGUGACAUUUUGGUCAACUACCGACAACCAUUGCCACCCAUCAACCCGGACAGUGAAUACAUAUCACAUCCGCAAGUGGUGCGGCCACAAGCCUAUUCACCGUUAUACCGUGCGAACGGAUUUCAGCGCCUGCCACCACAACUGACGGCCACGGGCGAGCAGGACGGUCUCUAUUACAUAGCGCCGAAAUUUCGACGCUCCAACAAUAGCAACGGCAGUGGUAGAAGCAACAAUGAAAGUAACAGCAACAACAACAACAGUGGCAACAAUAACAACAGUAACAACGACAACAAACAUAACAGUGACGACAGCAGCAACAGCAACGACAGCCAAAGUCAUGGUGAAGAGAGCGGCAAAACGAAUGCCAGCACAAAUACGAAAACGCCAACGCGCAGCAAUAACGGUAAUGUUAAUCACUAAACAAAAAGUGGCGGUGUUAGGAAAAGCGGCAAAGCCUUUUUAUUAUAGCUCUGUUUGAUUUGUGGUGUAAGUGUCAGCGUAAGGCCACGCAGCGCGGGUGUGUCUGGCUGAGUGACUGUUUGAUGGAGUGCUUGAAUAAUUGAAUGAGCACUUUUGCGUUGCUGUGCGUAUAACUGUGCUUUAACGAAUGCCUACCUUAACAGCUUGCGUUGCACCACCUGUAUUUAUUUGCCCGCCAACCUGCCAAUCUACGAAUCGCUCAUUAGUACUAAGCGCACUGCUUAUACUUCGCUAACUAACAGCCGCAGCGAAGUCUAGCGGGCCGUAAGCCGAAUUGUAAGCGUUUCAAGUUGCCACAGCGUCGUUGCUUGUUUGUUGUGGGGCACAUGGGUAGUGGGUAAGUGUAGCAAUUUAUUAACAAAUAAUACUGACACAUUUAUUUUUAUAUGAAUUUAGCUGCAACACAUAUUUUGGUGAUUAAAUAUGAGUGCUCGUAUACGUCAACCUAAGCGCUUUUGUUAGCGUAUAUUAUUUCUUUAAUUUAGCGAUAUUUCAAUGACAGUUGCCUUCUGAAUCAAUAAAUUCUAAAUCCAGACAAAUCGGAAAAAAAUACACAACAGCAAAAAAAUUAGAAAAAAAUAUGUGUAAAAAAAUUUCAAAAUUUCUUAAUAAAUAAAAAAAUUCAACCAAACUUAUCCUAGCAAAAUUCUCCUUAGUUAAUAUUAUAUAUUAUGCGUUGUGUCUUUAUUGUAUUUGUCUGCAUUUUGAAUUUAUCGAUUUCAAUUUUUGGAAUUAAAUGCUAAACUCUAAAAUUAUAUUUGUAUUGUUUGCCUCAUGUCUCAUCAUCAUCAUUUAAACUUAUUGCUAAUAUUUUUAUACUAUCUGUACGACCAAUGAUUUUUUUUUAAUAUUUUAGUCGAAACGAGUGAUCUUCUAUUGAAACAAAUCCAUUUUUAUUGUUCGAAAAAUUCUGUAAGAAAAAUAUCAUCACACAUUAUAACCGUUUAUUUACACAAGUUUUGAAUGAAUAUAAUGAGAACUCACAUCACGUUUUAUAGUGCGUUCCAGCUUUCAUAAUAUUUACCUUUCCAAUACUAUUUUCCAUGAGUAAAACUUUCAUAUCUGAUCGCAAGUACUAUAUACAUAACUUUAGGGAAUGGUAAGGGUUUUAAGGUAAAAAAAAAAAAAAAUUCUUUUUAAAAAUAAUAAAAUACAAUUUGCGGUGUUCAUCUUAACUCACUGGAAAUUAUCUGAAAAUAAAAAAACCAAGGAAAUUUGUAAAAUUAUAAUCAAAUUUUUCUCCCAAUGUUCUUUGAUAAUUUUUUUUUCUUUUCAAAAUUUUUGGCCACCAUUUAAAGUGUAAACUCUUAAUUUCUACUAAAAAUUCCGCCAAUUUGUGGGUGAAAUAUAUCCUUAAUGGAAAAAAAAAAAUUAUUAAACGUUGGAGGGAGGGAAAUGAAUCGGUCAAGUAGUUUUGAACACGUACUUCGAAAAAGUAGUUUUGAGAAAACCACGUCUAAAAUUUUUAAACUAAAAAAGAGACGAAAAAAAAUUACUCUAUAUUGUCAAAAGUGUGCUCUAUAUUGUACAAAAGAUCCUACCGUUAAGCGAUAAUCUAAUCUACCAGGCUUCCAAAAUUGCCCAACUAAAAGCUAAAAGCUAUGAAAUAUAUUUAACUUUGAGAAAGCACCACUGUUCGAACAACAUUUCCUCAGCAGCAGUUUUGAUGUAAUUGUAUCAAUAAUCAAUAAUUUUUAUAACUAAUUCGACUCUGAAACAUACUUUUUGUAAUUAAUACGAUUCUGAAUAAGUUAUUAGCUUCUUAGGUUUUAUCAGCACCACUUCAAGUAUUUUCUUAUGCUUCGUAAGUUUUUGAUUUAGGCUGUGGACUGCUUUCUUUCUUAAAACAUUCCGAUCAGCUGCAACUGGUAUCCCAGAAAAA